AUGGAAAAUAUAAGGCUUGGUGGGAGGAGAUCAGAGGCAACUGUAUACGAGAUGUGCUCAAAAUAUUACUUGAUUGAGCUGUGGGCAUUGGCGUAUCACAGGACAAUUUAUCCAGUUCCACAUGUGUCUACUUGGGAUGUUCCUGAGGAGAUUCAAAAAUUGUUCGCCUUACCUUUUGAUUACGACAAAACCAAAGGAAGAAAUCAAGAAGAACGGUUUCCUGGGACCGGAGAAAGUCGCAAGAAGAAGAAGAAGACGAGUAACAAGCCCCAACUUGACAAAAACUUGGGUAAGUGGUUCCAGCCUGUGCGCAGUGAUACAUGA